AUGUACUUCAUCGCGCGGAGAUCCGACGGGCGACUGGUCGGAGCAGCCUUCAACCUGGACAUGUUCAACGAGCCCGACCUCCACCCGCCCCAGGCGCUCCUCCCGGUCUUCACCCUGCUCAGAACCCUGGAAGGACCACACAAGCGCAUCCACAUGCCCAAGGCGGAGAACGAGGUGCUCCACAGCGGCAUGAUGUCCACGGACGAGGCCCUGUCCAAGGAGGAGAACGUCCUGGUCAUGCAGUGCAUGGAGGAAGAAAAUCUCCGCCAGGCUCAACGGAGGGGAUACUCCACCAUUUUCACCAUUAAUACGAGUGCCUUAACCCAGCAAUUGGCAUCGGUGCUGGGCUACGAAUUGCUCGAGGACUUUCAGGUGAAUCAGUUCGUGAUGCCCGACGGCUCCAUGCCUUUCGCCGGGGCGAAGGACACCCAGAGGGCCAUCUGCGUCGUCAAGCACGUCCUCUGACGGCCGCCGUUUCGUCCUGUGUCUCAACCCUGCAAAAAUAUAUAUUGUAUUCGGUUCCCCCCCCCCCUUCCCGCUCUGCAAAAUG